AUGGAUUGGCUAAUAAUUGCAAUUUUGAUGGCAACGCUUUAUGCGUGCUUCAUAUCCUUGUACUGUUUGUAUUAUUUCUUGAAAUACUUACUAGAACGCGGGACAUAUAAUCAAUUUAUUGAUAUGGCCAGAAAUGAAAGCACACACAAUUUGGAUACUGUAUGCUAUCCUUUGAAUACAAUAAGUUAUCCACCGUCUUCUCCACCUGUUUAUGAAUGCACAGGAGAUCAUGUGAAUACACGUUCAUCAAGAGUAAACGUAGGAUUCAAUCGAAAUGAUACUAAUCCACCACAGUACACGGAUUUUCGGGCAGCAGUUUACGCUGAACCACCACCUUAUUCCGAAAAAUAUUGA